AUGGCUGGUUAUGAGGAAAUUCUUGAUCAUGUUUUGAAGAACAAAGGACAGGUGUUCUUUGUAGAUGGUCCAGGCGGCACCGGUAAAACUUAUCUCUACAAAACUUUGAUUGCUAAGGUGCAGUCUAUGGAUCUUAUUGUUGUUGCUAUUGCUACAUCUGAUUACUUAUUGAGGAUUGGUAAUGGGACCGAGGAAGCAUUUGAGGGUGACCACGUGUGGCUUCCUGAUGACAUUUUGAUUCACAAUCCUCCGGAGGAUGAUUCCAUUGACAUCCUUAUUGAUCAGGUGUUCCCGAAUCUUGUUGCUAAUUGCACUUCUACCUCUUAUAUGCGCGAGUGUGCGAUACUAUCCACCAUGAAUGAACAUGUUGAUGCCGUGAAUGCACUUAUGAUUGAUAGAUUUCCGGGGAAGCAGAAGAUUUUCUAUAGCUUCGACUCUGUGGAUGAUGACUCACCUCGGCUGGUGGUACGGGGAUUCCAGAAUAAUUCGAUUGAUGCUGAGAUUGUUAAUGGGCAGCAUGCAGGAAAGAGGGUGUUCAUACCAAGGAUACCAAUGUCUCCUUCCGAAGACCUCACUCUUCCAUUCAAGUUUAAGAGGAAGCAAUUCCCCAUCAGGUUGAGUUUUGCGAUGACAAUUAACAAGGCGCAGGGGCAGACCAUACCUAAUGUAGGUAUCUACCUCCCCAAGCCUGUCUUUUCACACAUACAAUUGUAUGUGGCUCUGUCAAGAGGUGUAUCUCGUGAGAGUACGUGGGUUCUUGCAAAGAGAAACAUGAACAUCGAUCCUGCUGGAAAGAGUACGAAGAAUAUUGUAUACACAGAUGUCUUGAAAUUGUGA